AUGAAACGUCAUGAAAGAAAAAAGAAAGAAAAAGCUAUUCAACAGUUGUUAAUAGAUAAUUCUCCACCAAAUAGUGACAAUGAAGUACAUCCAGCUAAACAAGAUCCUCUCACUCAAUUAGCUCUAAGCCUCAUACCUAAUUCAUAUCUAAAUCGUUUGGAUUACGCCAAGGCGAGCGGUUGCCCGAUGGCGGCGCUAUCUCAACAGAUCCGAUUCGAGAUAACAGUUGGUGAUUGA